AUGGUUCCCCCUCCCCGUUCUGUCGCUGAUGCUACCCGCUUCACGCCCACUGGCCCCCACGCUUUCACCCGAACACCAUUGUCCGCCGCGGCCACAGCGACGGUCGGCGAAACCCCACAGCAGCGGGUCGCUCGUCUCCGUGAGGCGGCGAGGAGAGCAAAGUCAAAUCAGAUCAGCACGGUCGAUAAGAUUAUUGAUCGGGGGAGAGUGUGGGCGGAUAAAGCUCAUAGGGUUGCGGCUUUCAGCUUGAUCGGCGCUACUGUGCUCUGCGGAGGAUUUACGAUAUUCGCAAGUAUCGACAUGGUCUUGUACGCCAGGAGGAAGAAGCGAGCAUAUCUUGAAGAACAAAAGGCUCUCAAGACCGCCGACCUCGCUGCUGCUUCAAACGAAUCUGAAGCUCUAGUAGCAGCCACCACUCCUCCCACCUCCACCUUCACCACUCCUAGAGGCGAAUCAAACACGGUAACGGAUAAGCUAAAGACUUGGGCGUUAAGUGGUCUCACCCCCGCAGAGAAGGAGGAAGAACUGCGUAGACAGAGUGUGGAAUCACGCGUUGUUGUAAAGGAUAACAUUCUCAGUCAACCAGGCGCGGACAAUCUAGCGAAGGGCGAAAAGGAGAAGGGUGGGAGCACUGGAGUACUCGGUUCUAUCACGGGCUGGUGGAGCGGGCGAUGAGUGAGUGCGAAAAAUGGUGUACUCGGCGUUGGUCGGCGGUUUCGCGAGCAUGUCGUGUACAAAAAUAAUCCUUCUUGAUAGA